AUGCGCGUAUUUGUCACUUCCUUCGGCCCCUUCGGUGAUCAUAAGGUCAACCCGAGUAGCCAGGCCGUCAAGAAAUUAAAGGAAAUAUGGGAGUCUAGAAGUGAAUUAUCGGGAAGCGACUUGGAACUGAACACGAUUACAGAUGUACAGGACCUUGUUAUCCAUGUCGGAUUGAAUGCUUGUUCUACCUCUUUAAAUUUGGAGACUAGAGCAUUCAAUUCUUAUUACGAUUCUCCCGAUAUAAAUAUGUCAUACUGUGGCUGUGAUGGAUUCUGUGUCCCCGGUGGUCCCCAGGAAAUUCUAUGCGGACUAAAUUUAAAGCGAACUUGUGAUCUUCUAUGUAAUAGUGGAAAUCCAUGUGAACUUAGUGAUGAUCCACAUACUUUCCUAUGUGGAUUUAUUUACUACUUAUCACUCUCUCGCAACAGAGGUCGUUGUGCCUUCCUGCAUGUUCCUUGCAUAUCGAAUUUUUGGACUCAGGAUCGUCUGGCUGAGGCGCUUAUUCUGGUAGCCCAGGAUCUUACUUCUCAGAUAAUGAUGUCAAAUUCAGAUAUUUCCUCAUUUGAAUAA